UGCUGUUGUCGUCAGCGCGUUUGUCACGCAACCGAUUUCAGUCGCGUUAUAUUACACACUGGGAAUUCAUCAAUCCGUCGUGUAAAAAAAUAUUUCUUUUUUUAAACUUUACUUACAAUUUGAAUGUAUUACAAUACGAUGUGAUGUUUCACUUCGGAAUUGUGUGAUUUGAGCAAAUAAUUAAGAACACGUUGAAAGCGAUCAACUAUUGAAAGGAUUAAUAACAACAUCUGUAAACUAAAUGACUGUAAAAACAAUAGUUUAGUGAACCAUAUAAAUAGGUUAAGUGAACAUAAUAAAUCAAACAACAAUAUUAUUUGAGAAAAAGAAGAAUCUUUUGGAUAAUUUUCUGCAAUCAAUCGCAAUAAAUUUAAAGUGGACAUUACGAUAUUUUAGCGAAAAUGAUUUGUCAGUCAUCAGCGUGCCAAUUAGUUACCUUAGUCAUAGUCACAUAUUUAUCCAGCACAGUAGCUAUAAGAGUAGAUUGGAAUACAAAUACUGGUCCGAUAAUACCGCCAACAUCAACAUUACCACCAGUACCAAAACCACCAUUCCGAGAACCAGCACCUGUGUGGGAAGAUCAAUCGCAUGAUAUUCCUAAUCCAAACACAUACAAAUAUGUACCGCCACCACCAUCCCGGCCCAAGUUGAAUAACCCCGAAGAUGAUAGACAAAGACAAUUGCAAAAGGAGCAACAACAACAACAAAAUCAACACAAAAACCAAUUACAUCAGGAUCCAACAGCAGCAAGUCCAACUGCAGCAACUUCAACUACAACGACGACCACAUUAGCACCAACAUACGGAACCAUUGUGCAUCAUCCGAAUCAGAUUCAAGAUGUUAAUAAGCCCGUUAGCAGUUUGGCUGUUCAAUACAUUCCGAACUACGGAAAUCAAUAUGUGGCAGUGGUGCCAACGUAUCAAAAAAUCGAUUACUUGAACGAUAACAAUGUUUAUGAUAAUUCUGGCAAAUACGAUAAAUACGACAAAUAUAAUGACAAAUAUUUGGCGAAACUGAGGAAAUUCAAGGCGUACGAACAACAAAAAGUGAAAUAUGUGCCUUAUUACCAACCGGUAUACAACUACAUUCCACAAGCGCCGCAAUUUUAUCAACAACUACCGAGUCUACAGCCACCACCCCAAUGGAAUCAAUACUACAACAGCGCUUAAAAAUUUUACCGAGUGAAUGCAUUUUAUGUCACAGAGUCUUUUUUUUUAAAUUGAAAAUUAUUAUUCGGAUAUCUUUUUUUUGUACAUUUACCAUGACCAAAAUUUGAGUUUCAUCUUUUGAUGCCUUCUCAAUUGUAUUCGUCCCAUAUCUGAUUCAAUGUUUUCCGUAAAUGUUCGGUACAUGAGUGAAUAUCUUUCAGGUGACAUGAAAAGAUGAAAUUUAACUUGUGGUCACUGUAAAACAUUAUUUUGAUAAAAAAUUUUGUGUGGUCUCAAUUCAGUAUUAAAAAGGAAAUUAUAAAAAGAAAUCUCAUGUACAUAAAGUGACAAAUAUGUUUAAAAGAAAUGUAAAAAUAUCAAAAUUGUGAUGACAAAAAGAAAAUUUGAAUAAAUAAACACCAAAAUUAGAU